CUUCUCUUUCUGUCUUUUAGGUGUAAAUGCAAUCUCCAUGCGUCUCAGUGUUUGUAUGUGGACGGCAACUUACAGUGUCAAUGUGAACACAACACGACCGGACAGGACUGCCAGCGCUGCAAGAAAGGAUUCAAAGCCAAGACCUGGAAAUCAGGAUCAUAUUUACCAACUCCCAACGGAUCCCCCAACACAUGUUCUCAGGCGUUGGCUGGUUCUUCUUCUGGUUCCAAUUGUGAAUGUAACGGACACUCGAAUCGCUGCAGUUACAUCGACUUCCUGAACAUAGUCACGUGUGUGAGCUGCAAACACAACACGCGUGGUCAGAACUGUGAACACUGUCGCAUGGGCUUCUACAAAAACACCUCUGCAGAGCCUGAUGAUGAGAAUGUGUGCAUCGAGUGUAACUGUAAUACGAUGGGCUCGUUGCACGACCGCUGUAACGGUACCGGCUUCUGUCAGUGUAAAGAAGGCACUACCGGAGUCAAAUGUGAUGACUGUCUCCCCGGUUAUUAUUGGAAACAGGGCUGUUUCGUGAACGUGUGUGACGAUGAGUUACUCUUGUGCCAGAACGGGGGGACGUGUGUUCAGAAUCAGCGCUGUAGCUGUACACCGGACUUUAAGGGUGUUUUGUGCCAACAGUCGCGCUGCGACGGAGGCAAAAGUGCAACGGUGCCAGUGCACUCACACUGAGUCUGGCACUUCUGCUGUGCCCGCUCCUCGCCACCCUGCUGGGCUCCACCGCCUCCUGAGAGACUCCUGCUUCCCCCGCGGGCACCGAGAGGGUCAGAUGCUCAGCAUCGCCCUCUACAGGGUGCAGAACACCCUGCAGGACAACAAGAACCAGAAACAAAGACUCUGGAGGAGCUGGAAAUCAAUGGAACUCAAAAUGUGCGCCUUACAUAUACACUGAGGACAAAUAAUACCAAAAACACAUACACUACAAACACACAAUAUCAACAAGAAGUCAGCUUCUUGUGCAAUAGCUGCGAAAUGUAAUAGAAACUGCACUUCCUUCACUCUGAUUGGUCUAUGUAGGAGGCGUGUCCUCACAGUGAUCAGAGAUUAUACGACAUUUUCAGGAAAGGUCCAGCUUCACGUUUUUUUUGUGUGUUUUUUUUACACUCCCUCGCUGCAGUUUUUAACAUUCAGAUGUAUGUAACGAGCGCUCACUGUUAUUCGCUAAAAAGCAAAGAGUAUGAUAUUAUCGCGAUAUUUGUUAUAUCAUGACUAUUUAAGAUUUUAGGCACUGUACUCCUGGUGGUUAUAGGAAUGUCUGUCGGCACAGUUAGAGGUCAUUUACGAAGUAUUUGGGACAUGAACACACAAUUCAACUCGCAAGAGAAGAUAUCUAUCUAAUCAAAUGGAAUUAUUAUAAACCCACAUUAUUUGACUAUUUUUGGUAGAGAAUAUUUUUUGUUUUGGAUCUAUAUAAGAGGCAAAAGGUUUUAUUACACUGUAAAGUUUACAUCACACUAUAGUACAAGGGGCUAUAAAGUAGAGUUUACACUGUCAGGUAUUACAGAGGAUGAAUUUACGCACUAAAUGUACCAAACAGAAUUUAUUUAUUAGAUGGCAAACUCUACUGAAAUGUAUGGGAUGGGGUUUAUUACACUUUAUGGUGAACAGAUUUACAAAACUAAAAGAACUGAAUGAAAUUUGAUGACACUGUAAACAUUACAGUAAAUGUGACUGUUACUUGG